GUGAUUUGCAGAAUUUUCCAAAACCAAAACAAAAAAAGACGUUUCAGUGAAUAGGUACACUGGUACAGUGAUUUUUCUAUUCUAAACACAAGCACUGGUUUAUUUUAAAGUUAGCAUACCAAGUUAGACUUUAGCGUUUCAUAGUUAUCCGAUUUAAAUCACUUAUUGUCUCGUUUUCGGAAAUCUGUUCCGCUGCUACUAACAAUGGAAGGUAUGGAAAACCAACCGUUUGUUUUCUUAGGAUUUAAAGUGAAACCAGGACCAAUAGAGCGACAUAAACUGGAAAACUUUACGCUUGAAAAUACUGUAGAUCGUCUGAAAAACGAAGCUGCAAAGAAGACUAAUAUGCCGUCUACAAGUUUAGAACUAAUUCAUCAUGGUAAAAUAUUAAAAGACGAAUCUACUCUCCAUGAUAGUGGUAUAAAGAAUGGUGAAAUGGUACACGUGAUUAAGAAGAAAGUGGUUAUUCCACCGCCGGCCCCUACUGUUUACUCUGAUGCAGAAUUGCAAUUAAUGAACAACUCUCUCAGAACACUCGGUUGUACCCCCAAUGCUGUGGGGUGGACUAGGGCAAUGCAGUUAUUAAAUGAGGAGUCUGCAAUGGCCGAAAUCAUAGAACAUGCCCCAUCACUAGCUGAGGAUUGCAUAACACUGUCUAUCCUGCAUGAAGUGGAACUCCUAGCUGCCUUGGGUGCUAAUCUGCAGACUAUGCGACGCGGCGCCGAAGCUCACCCUGACCUGCCAAAUGCUUUACGACAACUUUUGAAACUUGUGAGAACACGAUUGAGUGUUGCCACAUCUGAAGAAACACCAACGUCUGGUUUUGCCUACUCACUGGAAGCACUCUCAGAAGAUGAAGAUGCUGAGGAGGAAGAGGCAGAGGAAGGAGAGGGCAGGAGUACCAUCACACAGGAGCAGUUAGCGGCUGCUUUACAGGCGGCUACUGAGGCGGUGCUGUCGUCCAGCGGCCGCGGCGCGGGCUCCGGCGCCGUCGGCCAGGAGCGCCUGCUGCGCCUCUUGCAGGCCGCCGUGGAGCCCGAGGGCUCCUCCCCGCCCGCUUCCGCCGCAGGUACUGAUCGCACUAUCACACUUCACAUCACCGAGGCGGUGCUGUCGUCCAGCGGCCGCGGCGCGGGCUCCGGCGCCGUCGGCCAGGAGCGCCUGCUGCGCCUCUUGCAGGCCGCCGUGGAGCCCGAGGGCUCCUCCCCGCCCGCUUCCGCCGCAGCUGGCGCGAGCGGGUCGGGGGGAGGCGCGGCGGGCGGAGCGAUCUCGGCGGAGAUGUUCAGCUCGGCCAUCAACGAAGCCCUGACGCGCGCCAACCGCGCCGGCACGCCUAUGGAGCAGAGCGCUGCCACGUCGUCGUCGCAGUCGCCGGAGGAGCCCGAACCAGAGUACACCACGCAGCUGCAGCACAUGAACGAGAUGGGCCUGCUGGACGACUCGCUCAACAUGCGCGCGCUGUCCAUAUGUGCCGGUGAUGUGAAUGCAGCUAUAAAUUUAGUGUUCAGCGGUGCCUUUUUGGAUGAAUAAAUAAUUGUAACUAUGGAAUUUAGAAAUGAAAUAGAAUUAUUGUUUUCCAUUUAUUUAUUUAUACUUACAAUUUUGUAUACUUAUUACCUAAAAUAUCACUGGAUGCAUUAGAAUCCUUAAGAGCAAGUGUAAAAAUAAAUAGUGAAUACUAUAUCAAGGUGUUAAUUAAAGUAUGCUAACAUUAUAAA